AUCGCCAAUCAGAGUUGCCGUUACAAGAGGACUGUUUCGUUGUGAAGUGACAUUAGCUCGCACGUCACUGGAAGAGGAACACAUGGCGUUAGUGCAGGAACGAUGGGGGUGUAGAUGCGUUUACUAGAGUUGGAAGCCAAGCAACAGGUAUGAGCUCCAACAAGUGCGUGUUCGUGACCGGCGGAGCGGGUUUCAUCGGUAGCCACACCGUCAUCGAGUUGCUGCAGGCCGGAUAUGACGUCAUCGUCGUCGAUAAUUUCGUCAAUGCCGUCUCAGGUCAGAAAGGUGAAGCUCCUAGCUUGCGACGAGUGGAGCAAAUAACAGGCAAGAAGGUUCUUUUUUACGAAUGCGAUCUUAUGGAUAAACCCAAACUCUCUGGAAUCUUUUCCAAACACAAAAUUGAUUUCGUCAUCCACUUCGCUGCGGUCAAAGCUGUUGGGGAAUCGAUGCAGAAACCGCUCCUUUACUACAAAAACAAUGUUGUCAGCACAAUUUUUCUCCUGGAGGUAAUGAAAGAACAUGGUGUUUAUAACAUGGUGUUCAGCAGCUCUUGCGUGGUCUACGGCAAUCCACAGUACCUCCCUAUUGAUGAAGCUCAUCCCAUUGGAAAUGUAGCUAAUGUGUACGGAAGGACAAAGUAUGCAGUUGAGCAGAUGUUGGUUGAUAUAUGUAGAGCUGAGAAGCAAUGGAAUAUCAUCUCGCUGCGAUACUUCAAUCCCGUGGGGGCUCAUCCUUCCGGGUUGGUGGGGGAGGACCCCACCAGACCCUUCACCAAUCUCAUGCCAUUCAUCGGACAGGUGGCCACUGGCAAAAGGGAAGAACUCGUAAUUUAUGGGGGAGAUUAUGACACGGAUGACGGAACAGGCGUGAGGGACUUUAUACAUGUGAUGGAUUUAGCCAAGGGCCAUGUUGCUGCUUUGAAAAAACUUGAAAAGAAUCCUCGAUAUAAGGUUUACAAUUUGGGAACUGGUCAAGGCAUUUCUGUGGCACAAUUGGUAGAAGCUUUUGAAAGAGUCAGUGGCAAAAAAAUUUCAUACAGGUUGGCUGACAGAAGACGAGGAGACAUCCCGGCCAUCUGGGGAGAUUGCAGUCUGGCCGAAAAGGAAUUGGGAUGGAAAGCAGAGUUUGGUCUCAAAGAAAUGUGUGAAGAUUAUUGGAGAUGGCAAACCAUGAACCCCGAAGGGUACAGGACUGAAAAGCAGAACGGAGUUUGCGAAUGAGAUGCAGUUAGAGUAUUCUACCGUCUAAAAAGUGGUUUCUGUCACCAAAGAGCAAGGUGUCGGAAGAAAAAUCCUUCAUAUGUACAUAGUACCAUUAAAUGUCAAAACCUUAGGAAAUUUAUUUUCAAAUAAAGAAACGCUAUUGGUGAUUUUCAGGGGAUGAAAGUUCAGAUGCUGAUCAAAAUAAAAGUAUAUUUUCU